CAGCGCAACAGUAUUGGAAGGUGAAACGACCACUAUUGGAUGUUACGAUUUCGACUAUUUUGUCAUUGCUUGGAAAUUCAAAGGGUUAAUGGUAAAAGAUGGUCCGCGGCAUACGUUACGAGGCGAUAACCUCACUAUCAGCCAGGUUAUACGAUCAGACAAUGGAACGUAUGAGUGCAUAUUAGGCAACGAGAGGUACAAUAUCUCAGCGAAUGCUACUCUCACUGUUGAAUAUGGACCUGCCAUUGUAUUUGGCCCUGUAAAUGUCAAAAUACUGAAAAAUUAUAAUGCAAGAUUUCAAUGUAACGUUACCGGGCAACCAAAGCCUAUUGUACAAUGGCUUCACAAGCGUCGAUAUCUCAGUCGUACUUUGCCUCGGUACCAAGUUGAAGAAACAGAUGGAGCUCACUCACUGACUAUUAGAAAUGUAAAAGAAACAGAUAAUGGACGAUACAUCUGCUCUGUUAUCAAUAUAUAUGGAAUUGCAACAAGCUCUGCAAAGUUAACAGCGGUUGAUAUUCCAUGGAAUGUUAACAAGACAAUUGUUUAUGGUCAAAACGAUACUUUGGGAACCAAAGUAUUAGGAGCAGACAUUUUCAUAAUUCAAUGGACUAAAGAUGGCAAUGCCAUAAAUUAUACGGACAACAGCAGAAUAACUAAGAACACUGAUGGGACCUUGCUUAUCACAAAAGCAAGCUUUGACGAUUCUGGUGAAUACGUUUGGACAUCUGUGUUUGGUUUGGAUCAAAUUAAUCAGCGUAUUUCUGUAACAGUAAGAGGUAAAAUGCAAUGUAAAUACAUAAAUCACUAUUUUUCGUUUGUUCCUCGUCCUGUUUGUCUGUUUGUUUGUCCAAAAGAUGUAUUUUGUGUUGCUUUCUAGGUGCACCAUAUGCACCAAGUAGUGUCACUGCAAAAGUAAGUGCUGGAACUUUAGGAAA